AUGGAGGGUGGGUGUCGCCUGUCGUGUGUAAGUGGCCGCCUGUCGCCAUGGAGGGUGCGGCCGCCUCGUUGUGGCCAUGGAGGUAAGUGCCGCCUGUCGCUGGGCUGGAGGUGUGGCCGCCUUGGGCCGAGUGCCGUCGCUGGCGCGGGAGGGUGUGGCCGCCUUGCCGCUAAGUGGCGAGGGCCGCCUGCCUCGGCCAAGUGGAGUGCGGCCGCCUGUUGUGGCCAUGGGAGGGCGUGUGCUCCCCGCUAUGUGUGGUUCACUGAAAACCUGAAGCGGCGGGAGCCUGUAGGAACCUGCUACGUCGCCCGCCAAGGACUCACCGAUUUCCAGGAGUUCUCGCCCUGUAGGACCCGUGAGUACAUGUUCUUGUUGAGUUCUAUUUAG